AAUGAAACUGGGGUGAAUACGAUUAUAUAACCCAUUAACCCUAAUUCCUAUUUUUUCAUCUGAGUUUCACCUCGAUCAUCAUUUAUCUGAAAUAGUUGCACCCUCAAAAGGAAUCCAAAACUUCAUCUGAAUUACUCGUUCCACACCCAUCAAUGGAAGAUACAAGCAACGAUGCCGUCGAAUCCUCGACGUCAAACAAUGAAAUCACAUUCGCAGCCAUAAGACGAUGGGAAAGACAAAGACAAUUAAGACGCCUCGAAGCAACAACGAUCAUGAAGAGGAGGAGGAGGGCAUCUCCAAUUUCUUCUAAUAUGAUGACGAAGAUCAGCAAGCAACGUAGUAUGAAACAUAUACUCGAACAACACUUCUUUCUAAAACACCCCUUGAAUGAUGAAUUGCGCUUCUUUCACGACAAUUUGAGUAUGCCCCUUUUAAUUGAAGGUCUCGAACAACAUGUACUCCAACUUCCUAACAUGAGUAACUACAAUUCGAGUCUGCCCCUAGAAGAAGAUCCUACAAGAGAAUUACCAAAAUCUGUUGUUAUCAUGUACUGUGAAGGUUGUCAGAGCUAUUCAUAUACAGGAAGAAGUGUUUGGCAUAAAUUUGACCCAAAUUCAUUAACCUUACUUAGAUUUCUUCUCCGGAGGGUCAGUUUCCAUAUUCGCAAACUUCAACUGUGGUUGAUCAGUGCUCAUUUUAUGGAACAUGAUAAUGGUUUUGAUUCGACAGUCCGGGUCGCCUUAAACCUCCAAUAUGAAGCUGCUGAUGGCUCCAGACAUACAAAAAUAAGCACUGUUAGAUAUAAUCUUGGUUAUCUGAAAUGCCCUUCCUGUUCAGAUUUAAUUGAUGAAACUCAACUGAGCUCAGUUUUGCAACUUAGACUGUACAGUUGUAGCAACCAAAUUCUUGAUUUGUUACACUUACGCGUCCUUCAGAAGCGACCAACAUUCUUCAAUAUUAAGAAGAUCAAGCAUACGGAUAAUGGGAUGGAUUUCUUUUUUGACAGUGAGCAUGGUGCCAGGAAAUUGAACUACUUUCUCAAAGUUGAAGCACCGGUUAAAACUGAUCCAAUCAUUGAGAAUAUUGUGUCAACUGAUACAAUGAUUGACAAUACCGCGAUUUGUCAAAGUUGCAUUAGAGUUACUGUAUGUCCUAUUUCCAGGGAUGAUCUAGUUUAUCUGCCUAAAAAGGUGUUUGCAGCUUUAGGAAUAGAAUACAUGGGGCCUUUGGUUAUUUGUACCAAAGUCUCUAGAAACAUAACUUUUAUAGAUCCCUUGAAGCUGAAUGAAUGUUGGAUAAAUUCCAAUAAUUAUUGGAGAGAUCCUUUUGAGCCUCUGAAAGUGAGUCAGGAACUUGUGGAAUAUAUAGUGUUGGAUAUAGAGAUUGUUUUGAGUGGACCGCUUAAUUCUUUAGGAAAAGCUCGUGUUGCUCGGGUGUCAGAUUUUGGUAAGAAUGAUACAAGUUUUAUGGUGGAAACUCAUCUUGGUAACACUUUGAAGGCUGGUGAUUAUGCUCUUGGUUACGACUUGGUUGGAGCUGUGGUAAUGAACUGCGAGGAUAUGCUGCCUGAUGUUGUUUUGAUCAAGAAGAAAUAUGUAGCUUUAGCAAAGCUACGACACAGUGUUCCUCAGAAGAAUGCAAGUCCAGAUUAUGAAAAGUUUUUGGUAGAUUUAGAGAAGAAUCCUGCAGCGAUGUUCAAUUUGUCAUUGGAGGACGGCGAUGAUGCUCAGAAGCACGACUUAGAUGAUUUGCUUGCUCGUCUGGAUUUGACUGAUUAAGAAGUUAUAGACAUCUGAAAACAUAAAAGUGAAGUUUUUUUUGUUAAAUCCUCCGUUUCUUUUAAUAAUUGCACAAUUUGUGAUUAGUAGUAUGAUUAAGAAGUACUCCGUAAGUAGGUUUUAGGAUCUUUGAAGUACAUUUUGUGAAUUUUGCGUUUAUUGGGACGGAAAGUUUGCUUCAUCUAA